GAACCGAAGUUAAUAAUGUUCGUUCCCACAGCUAAACGUCUACUUUCCGAGGCCAUUGAAGGCAGCACGAGGUGUAUUAUUCUUGUGAAGCAUCCAGGGGUUUUCACACCGAGCAGGAAGUGUUCAGUCCAUCUGCGUCACUUUGUUCCGUGCGUCUGUGAGCGGGCUGUCUUCAGCCCUACCUGGUUUGAGUUUGUCUGGAAUGAUACAGCUGGACUCCUCGGUGUCAUGGUGAAGAUGGAGCUUCUCCUUCGGACCAUGGUCUUGGUUCUGGGCGUCGCGACGUCCUCUGCACUCAACAUUUUAUCAGGGCAAGCGCUCAGGUGCUCGCGCCAGGAUGUGAACUGCACAGUCAAAGACAGUAACUGUUUGGACCCUGGAUGGCAGGAAAGCCACAGUCUUACUCCAGCUGGAGCUGAGGGCCUGCAGGUGUCUGUAGAGACCAAGGUGGAUGAUGCCGGAUGGCUGCAGCCGGUGCUGCACGCUGAAUGGGAGUUAAAGGACGAUGGAAGUAUAAAUUACCUGAAAGCCACUGAGCUUCAUGUUCUUGUGAUGUCCACCAACGAGAAUCGCUGCAUUCGAUAUUCUUUCAGAGAUAAGCUUAAGAUGAGAAGUCCAUCAGAAGAAAAGUGGUCGUUCUUUUCUGAUGUGCUGGUGUUGCAACCUGGUCUGGAGUACCGGGUGUCUAUUGAUAACAUCCCCAAACCAGAGCAGGGCCACACCCACUAUGAUGUCAGCAAAUCUGUCCGUGUCCCAGAUUGUUCGAACUCCAAAAUGCAGGAAACUCAGUUUUGCAAGGAAACAGGAAGUGACUGGAAGCCUGAUGUCAGCAUGUCUCUCACAAGCACAAACAAUUCUCUGGCUGUCAGCUUCAGUCCUCAUGUCCUGAGUGAGAAGUACAUGCUAAAGGUUUCCUGUGGCACCAGCAAGUUUGUUCCUAUGAAUAAUUCAAACCAGGCGAGGCUAAAUGUGACAUUAAACCUUGAUACUUGGCCAAAGUCCUGCUGCCAGUUUGAAGCAGAGGUCACGCCUUCUUUCCCAAAGUGUGCCAACGACUGUAUCCGUCACAUAAAAACUCAAGAUUUCUGUUCUUAUCAUCCUACAGAUCAGCCAAGCCCUCAAGAUUCACUAACACUCAUCUUAGUGGUCUUGGGAAUCGUGCCUGUGUGUCUAGUGAUAGCCAUUGUGUCAUGUGUUUGCUGCAGACAUAAAGCUAAACCUCAUGUCACUCCUUCCCCUGAGAAACCACCACAGCCACCAAAGUCACCCCCUAAAAUACUGGUCAUCUACUCCAAGGACCAUCACCUCUACAGGGACGUAGUGCUGAAGAUGUGUGCAUUUCUUCAGGCCAAAUGUGGCACCAGGGUUCUGGUAGACCUGCUAGACACCACCUCAGUCAGCAUGGUGGGUCGACUCCGCUGGCUGGAAUGGCAACGACAACAACUAAUAGACCCCUGUGACAAAAUACUCGUGUUGUGCUCAUGCGGUGUGCAAGCCAAGUGGAGGGCCAUGUGUGGUCAGGGGAAGGUGACCCUCCGGGAAGAUGUCCUGUCUCCAACAGAUGACAUGCUCAUUCCGUUCCUGAAUCUGUUCCUGCCAGACAUGCAUCAGGUUGGGAUGCUGGGAAAAUACAUGGUGGCUUACUUUGAUGACAUCUGCAGUGAAAAGGAUGUGCCAUCUGUUUUUGACAUCGGUAUCAAAUACAACUUAAUGAAACACUUUGAGGAAUUAUACUUCCGCAUCUUAGACAUUGAAAAGUAUCAGCCAGGCCAGGUUAACCACAUCGAGGGAAUUAGUGGGGAUGAAUAUUUUACCUGUCCUUCAGGUCAAGCCUUGAGGAAGGCCAUUGAAACAUUCAAGGACUAUCAGUUAGAAAAUCCUGACUGGUUUGAAAAGGAGUGUGUGGAGAGUGAAGAGGAGGUCUUUACUGAAGCCAGCCAGCUCACUGGUCCACUGCAGGUUCCUCCUGUAUUCGAGUGCAUCAUCCCAGUCAGAGAUGGACUUCCUGUCUCUGAGUGUGCUCUAGAUAUCAAUGAAAACAACAGUGUUCACAUUCUUGUUCCUGAACUGAAUCCAGAAGGUCUGAUGUCAUCAGUAGCAGAACUUCUACCAGUGAUAAAUCCUGAGUGGGAACAUCAGUACCCGUCAAGCCUAGCUGAGGUUUUGACAGAACCCAGCUCCAUUCUACAACCAGUCUGUAUAGCUGAACCUGCCCUGAACAACCGUCCACCUAUCCAGCAGAAUUUGUUGUCCUUCAUACAAGAAUCCCCAGGGAACAUGCCCAUUGAGGAUAAUGAAGAGGAUUCUUUACUGCAGGCAAACAUGGAACAUUCAGCCUAUUUAGACCAAAGAUGUUCUAUGGACUCUGGUCCUCAAGAAUCUUCAUGUCCUCUCAACCAGAGAACAUCUUUUCCUUCGGCUGAAAUCAGCCAUCCUGGUCUGGUGGAGAUGGAGGUGGGCGAGGUUCUGGGGCCAAGUGAAAAGCGUUCCAGCAGCGGAUCUGAUCAAGGUUACAUCUCAAAAGGAUCUUCACAACAUGAAGUUCCCAUUAAAGAGGAUCCAAUUGUGGCCUUGGCAAGAUUGCAAGAAGAGCUCUUUCAGGGAACUUUUGGAUACUCUGACAUUGAUCCUGAAGAGAACUGAUGGGAGACCAGGAUCCUCAAGUCUGAGGCAUGUAAAAAACUGUGAAUGCCUAAAACAAUCCAGUUGUAUCAAAGUGUUCCCACAAAUGGAUUUUAGCACACAUCUUCUGAACAUCCUGACCAACAUGAAAUUGAGCCACGUGAAGUAAUUGCUAAUAGAUGACGAAAUGCUCUUGGAAUGAUCAAAAACCAUGUGUAUGCAUGCAGCAAUGACAAAAUUUAGUUGACAAAUGUGAAACAACUCAUAUUAUACAGCAUGUUGAUGUGAUACUGCACAUACAGUAGGUUCUACAACUAAAGCAUCUAAAGACAAACACAUUUUGUACCUUUAAGCCCUGUUCACAUGGCAGGAUAAUUGUUCCAGAUUUUUGACCCAUUUCUCCCCUUCUGACAAUCUUAAGGACACACUGAUUACUGUAAAGGCCCUAAAAAUUACCUUAUCAGAUAUUCCUUCCUAUCAUAUGCGGUGUGCUAGCAUUCAGGUCUUCUCUGAAGGAUGUUGGGACUGCUGCAAUCAUAAAUUAGGGCCUUCAAACCUGUUGGAUUGUCUUGGUCUGAUUUUUUGAGCCAGUCAGAAAGUGAGUUGCUUCUGAGGACACAGUCCUUCCUUGGUCAAAGAAAACAGUUUUUGGGAUACUUUGUCAGCACUGACAGCUCCUCCAUUGAGAAGCGAAACGUCUUCAAGAAAUCAAAGAAGUCCAGUUGCCUUCAUUUGAACCCUUUUGGGUUAAAUGGAAAAGACUUGCAUCACGUGACCGUGGCGGUCACAAAACGUCCCGUGACACGUGUAACGGAAUGAAAGUCGUUUUCCCCCUCUGACAGAGAACUAGUCUGCAUGAGAUAUGGCCUCAAGGUCUCAUGUAUUUGCUUCUAAACUGCUUCUUUCCAGCUCAAGAGAAGAAUGAAGAAAGGACUCUCUCCUUUUAAUUAAUCAAAGAACUAUUUUUAAUAAAGCUAAUCAAACAAAGUGUUAGUCAAUAAGAUGUGACCAAUCUGUGAAAUCAAAAUAUUAAUUACUUCAUUAUAAUCCUAUAGAAUGUAAUAUGUAAUAUGACUUUAAAUGUUUCCACUAGGACUGAUCUCACGUAGCAUUAAGACAUGACACAUUGCUUUACUGAUCCUAUCAGAAUCUGCCAGAUCUGACAGAGGCGUGGUUUUGGUGGUGCUUGGUAAACUUGUCAUCUUUUCAUUCGACCAUAAACCAAAACAUUCGAAGUAUAAAACUAUGCCCACGUCAUCUUUAACGCCAGUUCAAAGCGUUCUAGAGAAGUUGUCGGAGUGGCCAAUCCGUAACUUUCCUCUUCAGCCAAAAGAACCAACGACAAGCUGGAUAAAAUCUGUUGCUGUUCCAACUACAGCGACGGUUCCUUUCAGAAUAAAAGCUGAACCAUCACGACCCAGUUUGGGUCUCGCUAGAUGCCAACAAAACUGUUGUGACCCGGAAGUAUCUCAAAGACUGGUCUGGUUGACAACCGCUGCUUUUCCUACCGUCUUCGGUUCUAGAGAGGGUCCAGCUGGACCUCGACAUUCCUGAUCUAACGGGACUUACAAAAGGGUAUGUAGGCCAAUGGAAUGGCGUCGAAUGUGUUUAUGAAUCUCCUAACCAAAGCUUAGCGUGAAGACAUCACCUUCACUUCCCACCAGAACUAAUUGUUUCUUCGGAUUUGCUGGUUCUGAACAACAUUCCACACUACACCAUUCUCCGUCUCAUUCACCUUAGUUACACCAUACAUUUAGUGUUAAAGUUAGUCUAGUUUUAAUUUGUUUAGUAAUAAAUCUUUACACCUUUUAA